UGCACUAUUCUGUGCUUUCGUACUAUGCCCUGGUGGUGACCAGCAAUCUUCGUACGCAGCGAAGCUCGCAACAAAAGCUGUGGUCAUGGCUAUGAUUGGGAAAUUCGCCGGAGCAGCAGUCUCUGCGACAACAGAGGCCACACUUGCCCUUGCAAACAUAAGUUUCGAUUUUUCGAUUCUUAAAAUCGAAGGGCCACUGGAAUAUCACGGAUUAGGCAAUGCUCUAAGCACCCAACGCCGGUAUGAGGCAGAAGAUGGAUCUAUUCACGUGACGGCUCGAAAGCUGGGCGCUCUUUUUGAUGAAGCAAUUCCAGAAAUACCUCAGUUGAUAAAGUCUUACGGCCGUCGAGCGUCCGAAGUUGCUGCAUCGCCAAAGAUCAAUCCAAAAGGAACACGCGACGAUGGAUUUCUCGCAAAUCAUAUUGGGGCAGAUGGUACAAACAUAUGGGCUGCGGCAACAUCGGGGAAAGGGGCGAUUGCGGUGCAUCUAUUGGCAUGCAUGCUUGCCAGAAUAUGGAGUGCUUCCGAGGCAGUGUCUAUCUGGGCGGAACUCCUAGCAGAGCGGAAGAAAGAACUUUCUUCGCGCCAAGAAGAUUCCUCGAACCCAUUCUCUGCCACCUCCGCGGUUGCCAGAGUGUCUGUCACACGGGACCAGCUGAGGAUAUGGGACAAUGGAGCGCGAUCUUGGCUUCAAAGUGCGGACAAGGCUCUGGAGCGAAAGCACCUCCAAAUAUUACUCAUCGUAAACAACGUCAACCUGCCAGUCAAUCGAGACAUGGAUGUAUACAAUGGGGUAAUGCGGGCAUGGUCAACUGCCCUCACGACUACUGAAUUGUUGCUCAAUGGGAAACCUCAACGUGUGCAGGACGGUGCUGUAUUGCUUGGUCUAAUUUCGUGGCACUUGUAUCCUAAUAUCCUUGUUUUGGGCAGCAAGACUACGGAAGUAGAUCAACGAGAUCCUCUGAUCCCAAGAGAAGGCAUCUUGACGGUUGGCCUCAAGUCUACCAGCCCUGAUAGGGAUCAUGGUGUUUUCUGGUCUCUGCCACUGGCCCAUCUACGAUUCUAUGGGGAUCCAGUUCGUUCCUUACGCUCGUUGGCCACUGAUACUGGCCGCAUAUCAUUCGAUGAACUUUCUCAGGUCAUCUUAGGCAGUGCGUUAUAUAAAUGGAGCGACCAGGCUAUUGACGUUCUUCAGGCCGCGAACCUUUUGAUAACUCUCGGAAAAUAUCUACAAGAAGUUUCAGAGGGUGGUAAGCUUAUACCGCCAUGGCUCACUUUGUUAGUUGAUGCUGCAACUCGCUUUUCAGAAGCCAAGGACAUUUCUCGAGAUUCUUACUUGCGACUCUUCGCUUUUGGCCAGAGGCGAGCACGAACGUUCCUGGCUGCUGCCCAGUUUCAUCCUUCACCUGUUUUUGGGCUGUCCAUGUACUCCACAAUUUUCAGUUUGUUGCCAGAGGAAGAGGACUGGAUUUCCAUAUUGCGUCAAAUCGCAAGUAAUCUUGCUUUUGAUCCUUGUGAUAUCUUCAUUCGUGUCGCGGUCCCGAGUAUAAGCCAACUGGUUUGCCGAAAUUAUUACGAGUACGCGACGUUGUUACCAUACCCACGGACUUCUGUAAAGCGGAAUCAACUAGGAUCUGAGCGCCAGACCUUUGACCAUGUUCGGUGGAUUGUAAGAGCAAGUCCUCGGGAUAGAGGCGAUGAGAUUGUGCCAGAAGACUCACACUCGGGGCCUGAGUGGAUCACCGUUUCUCACAGCACUUCGAAAUGCACUAGCACCUGUGGAAAUGUAUGUGGGAAUGAUUGCCCCUGCAGGUUGUCACACAGGAAAUGUACCGUCGAUUGCCACAAAGCGAGAUUUAUAGAGCAGUCGCUGGAAUCCAUGACAUGUUCGAAUCUACCCCACAAUACAAGACAGUUCCAGCUCGAAAUCGAAAUUGCUCGGAGACACGCAAAAGUCAUAGCAUUGGGUGAAUCAGCGCGUGAAGUUAAUCCGAACGAUAUCGAAGAUACCAGUGAUCUCAUAUUUUGGUGGGCAAGGAAUGGUGGCUGUGAUGUGCAAGGAAAUGGAGACGACAGGGUUAACUACAAACUUCUUUUUGGCGAUCCCGACUCUGCUGCAAUAUUUCUUAGGCAGGACAAACAACCGAAGCGAUCAAUUGCUAGCCCAACAGAGCACAUGAACACUCCAAAGGCACUGUUGGGAGUCUUGGAUACGAAACGUGUUAAUCCAAAUCUCCUUCUGCAGUACCUUCGUGGCCUGACAUCUUCUGAUACCGAAGGGGUUCAGCAGGGAAAUUUCCAUCGCAGGAUGCCGGAAGACGAAGCAUACCGUAAUGGAUCCUUAGCAAAACGAUACUUCAACUCUUUACUCAGCUUGGUUGCCGCUAAAAACCUAUAUGAAAACUUACCUGGAGCAACAAUUGACUUGAAUGCGGCAACCAAAUGCGUCAGCAGAUUUUCUUGGGUACGAGACCGAGCAGACCUGGACACCUCAUUCUUAACAAGGGCGCAGUCCUUUGCUUGCAUAGCAAAUUUUGAGUCUGGUGGUAUUGACUUAGAUCCGGACUCAUUGAGAAAUGUGAUGGCUUUAUCCGCUGGAAAUUCUCUCUUCGUCGCGGCGGCACUGCUCAGAGAUCCAUCUGUCUCUUUACGAGGGCAGGAAAUUCGUCGACUCACUGGAAACAUAGGUAAAGCCGGUUUGGCAUUACUUGUGCCGCCUGCUAGGCCUCGGAUCCGUUCUUAUUCCCCGUCCACUUGGCAACAGAUCACACACGCCAGUUUUGAUGGGAAGGCAUCAGAUAGCUUUCAAUCUACCUCAUUGCAUCUCUCUUUCACAGAAUACGAACUGCCUGUCGAUACUGGAUCACACGGCGGAAGGGAAAGACAGGCUUUCUUCGUGGAGGCCCUGGUUUCUGUUCAUGAUAAAGGUGAAUGGGUCGCGGAUCUAGAUAUUCUCGGGGCCCUUGGAAGUGCAAGACUUCACAGAUUUCCACUUUGCCCUACAGAUACCUAUGAUACGGAAGCAGAGUAUUGGAACGCUGUCAGAAAGAAAGAGGUUCCUGGGGGAAUUCCUUAUCAUGACAAGACUAUAACUUACGACAAACAACAAUUAUCUGGGCACUCGCUAGUUUCCAUUGAUAACUGGGAAGAGCUUUUGGACCCGCCUUCCCACAUAUCAAUUAUAAGAGCUCAUAAUAAUUGGUGCGGAAGACUUGCAGCUGCAGCAGUUAGCAUUCAGCAAAGUUGCGAUGUCUGGCUCCUGCCAAAGACCAGAAGGAUAUGCUGGAGAUGUUUUUACAAAAUGGUGGAGGAUCGAACAAACGCUUCAAUUCCCAGCAAGUGGAGUGUUUAUUCAGAUACUGAAGGUGAUCUUGUCUUCAAGGCUAUUUUCACAGAAAACGCCAGCUCCGAGUCUGGGGACGACGAAAGUGAUACUUCUUGCGCGUCUGAUGGCGUAAGGCCAAUGAAUGAAGAUGAUGGCAAGCCCAAAAUGACGAUAAUUUGGUGAUUAGAGGCAGAAUUAAUUAUGCGGAGGAUGAGUAUCGGAUUAUGAGGUAUGAAAAUUUUGUCUAACAGAGUCGAUCGUAACAGAUUGAGUGUAGGUAACGGCUCCAAGGAGGCUUCGGUAACUAAAAAAAGCAGGAAGUCGGAGGGGGUUUGGAAUGGCUUCGCUCUAGAGAGCGGUACAUACUAUGAUGGCGAAGGGGAACUGCUCGUUCUGGUAGUAUGUCACUCAUUGUACGAUAUUUUUAUCUUUGGGAGCAGCUUUUGAUUUAAUAAAUCCUUUGUAUGUCUGAACGUAAAAUAUUCCGAUAAUAGAACAAUACCCC